AUGCCUUCAGCCCUGAACACUGCUCUGAAAUCCUACAAACGACCAGAACCUAAGCAUCGUAGAGAAAUGGUCCGAAUCAUAGUCAAGGCUGCCAUGAAGAAAUGCAGUCGACCCUUGAAAAAACACCUGGACAUAAUCGCACGCAAGAUAGUCAAGGACCACCCAUGUUUCAAAGACGUUAUUGAUGGGCGCGUCAUCGGAACUGGACACGAGUCCCUGCUAAAUCAGCUCGUCUCAAGGGUGGAAAACAGCGUUCGCCCAGAAAAGCCAUCUGGCUCUCAAAGGGAAGAAAAAAGAAAGAAAAGGCAGUACGGAUGCCUAAGCCCGUGCGGACCUGACGAGGCCGAUGAUAUUUUGAAGGAAAAACAAGCUAAGCUCAAGGAACUCUAUCAGCAUGGAGAAAACCAAAAGUACGAUAUACUGGAUCUUAUGGAGAGCACGUACUCACUGCAGAGGGCGAACAUUGAUUCUGGCGUAAUGAACGUGGAGGACCUCAAGGAGGCUUGGCCUUUCCUUUUCCAGCCCUUUGGUUUAUUUCAACACUUCAGACGACUUGUGUCCGUUGAUAUUGAAAGUGCUCUCAACGAUUCACUGCCAAGCAAAGCUCAGAAGAUAAUGGAGUUUAUGCAGUACAAGAAACUGGAGAAGAAGAAACUACUUACCGUUCUUCAAGAACGUGCGGGCCAUCCCGAAAGUCCGCAAGCAGACAUGAUGUGUGCAAUCCUGCUUCUGGUGACAUACUUCGGCGAAAAAUUGGAACUGCUACUUCUUCACAGUGAGAAAGACAAGGCAGCCACCGAAGUGACGCAAGGAGCAACACCUAUCUCGCCAUGCAUCAUUGCUCAUGGAGAUAGCAUUUACAUAACGAAAAGUUACUCGCUAUCAAUCGACGAAACCAUCGUCAUGGAGGACCUUCACCUCUUUGAAAGAUCCCUGGCCUCACUGUUCAGUGCCUACUACGUCUUCAACGUCGCCUACCCGGAGGAGAUCUGCGCCACCUUAGAGUUUAUUCAGAGGUGUUUCGUGGGCGUCAACCCUGAUAGGGGAAAUCGUCGAGAGAAGAAGAGGAAAACAUGUGUCCACAAGAAAGUUCUCAGGCUCAUCGCAGACAUGGCGGAGUUUGAGUGGAGUUGCAAAUAA